CAUCAAUCCUCAUUCGUUUGAGUUUCAGAUAACAACCUCAAGAUGAAGACCUUUAUUGCCCUUUCCACCCUUUUGGCUGUGGCCUUUGCUGCUCCUGCUGAUCCCUAUCACCCUGCUCCUUAUCGACCAGCUCCUUACCACCCAGCUCCUCAUCACCCUGCCCCAUCUUAUCAUGAGGAACCCGCCCAUUACAACUAUGGGUAUGCUGUCCAUGAUGAUUAUAGUGGCACCAAUUUCCAAGCCAAUGAGAACCGUGAUGGUUAUGGAACCAAGGGCGAAUACAGUGUCCUCCUCCCCGAUGGUCGUACCCAAAUUGUGACCUACUCUGUGGAUGGUUACUCUGGGUAUGUGGCUGAUGUCAAAUACGACGGAUAUGCCAAGGUCGAGCCUUACCACCCAGCUCCCGCCUACAAACCCGCCCCUUAUCACCCAGCUCCUGCUUACAAACCCGCUCCUUAUCACCCCGCUCCCUAUAGCGGUUAGGGUAGACAGAUGAAUCAUAUGCGUGAUAUUUAUUGUUAUUUAACAGAUAUAUCAACCACCAUCUCGUCUGGAUGAGCAAAUAAAGGCUAUCUGCAACUCGAAA